GCGACAGUCUCGCACUAGGACCCAGGCGCCAGAGCGCCUCCGUCUGUCCUGUAGGUUCAUUCAAUCUCCCAUACACACAGACCCACUGCGAGACCGACACACACUCCCAUACACUCACACACACAACUGCAGGCAGCGAGGCUCGGGAAGUCAGGCCGGCUCCUCGCCCCGGCGCCUUCUCCUCUCCAGCCGGCCGGGUCUCCCUGGGGGCCCGGAGCUCGGCCGGGCCGCGCAGCCCCGUUAGAGGACGAGCUCGGCGGACCCCCGUUGCUCCAUGGGCAAACGCGGGCGGCCGCGCAAGGAGGCGCGCUGCGAGGGCGCGGGGCUGGCCCCCUCCGCGCCCCCGGUUGUGCCCCCCGCCGCGGCCGCGCCCCAGCCCCCGGCCCUGCCCGAGGAGCCUGCGGGGGCCAAGCCCAGGUGCCCCUUCUCGGACAUUUUCAACACCAGCGAGAACUCGAUGGAGAAGCACAUUAACACUUUUCUGCAGAACGUGCAGAUUCUGCUCGAGGCCGCCAGCUACCUGGAGCAGAUCGAGAAAGAAAACAAAAAGUGUGAACAUGGCUACGCCUCUUCAUUCCCGUCCAUGCCAAGCCCCCGACUGCAGCAUUCAAAGCCCCCACGGAGGUUGAGCCGGGCACAGAAACACAGCAGCGGGAGCAGCAACACCAGCACUGCCAACAGAUCUACACACAAUGAGCUGGAAAAGAAUCGACGAGCUCAUCUGCGCCUUUGUUUAGAACGUUUAAAAGUUCUGAUUCCACUAGGACCAGACUGCACCAGGCACACAACACUUGGUUUGCUCAACAAAGCCAAAGCACACAUUAAGAAACUUGAAGAAGCUGAAAGGAAGAGCCAGCACCAGCUUGAGAAUUUGGAACGAGAACAGAGAUUUUUAAAGUGGCGACUGGAACAGCUGCAGGGUCCUCAGGAGAUGGAACGAAUACGAAUGGACAGCAUUGGAUCAACUAUUUCUUCAGAUCGUUCUGAUUCAGAGCGAGAGGAGAUUGAAGUGGAUGUUGAAAGCACAGAGUUCUCCCAUGGAGAAGUGGACAAUAUAAGUACCACCAGCAUCAGUGACAUUGAUGACCACAGCAGCCUGCCGAGUAUUGGGAGUGAUGAGGGUUACUCCAGUGCCAGUGUCAAACUUUCAUUCACUUCAUAGAACCCAGCAUGACAUAACAGUGCAGGGCAAAAUAUUCACUGGGCCAAUUCAAUACAAACAAUCUCUUAAAUUGGGUUCAUGAUGCAGUCUCCUCUUUAAAACUAAACUAUACUUGAACAAAAGGGUCAGAGGACCUGUAUUUAAGCAAAUACUUAGCAAAAAGUGGGGCAGAGUCUCCCAAGGAGAACAAAUAUUCAGAAUAUUCAUAUUGGAAAAAUCAUAAUUUUUAAUGGCAGCAGAAAACUUGUGUGAAAUUUUCUUGAUUUGAGUUGAUUGAAAAGAGGACAUUGGAGAUGCCAUCCUCUUUCGCUUUUCUAGUUUGCUCAUACUACAUUGAGUAGACACAUUUAAGGAUGGGGUUAUGAACCCUUCCUGAGCUUUAUGGUCCUAAAAGCGAAAUAAAAAGUAUUCAAAUGAAAAGACAAGAAAAUCAGGUAUUAAUCUUGGAUAGCUAAUGAGCUAUUAAAACUCAGCCUGGGACAGUUUAUCAUGAAGCCUGUGGAUGAUCAAUCCUUUAUUAUUAUUUUUUUAAAAAAGCUCAUUUCAUGCUCUGCAAAAGGAGAGACUCCCAUGAAGCCUUUUGAAAGGGAUCAUCAUGCAGCUCAGCUUUCUGUUGGAUUCCAUGCUAAGCAAGCUAACCUUAUCCUGCAUUGUUAGCACUAGGGCACCCAACUGCCAGCUCUCCAUCCUGCUGCCCUUAGGCCACAUGGGAGCAGUUCAUGCAUGACAGCCUCUAUCCUACAAGGCCUAUGAGUAUGGAUUGGGGGGCCAGAAGGAAAAAGCUCCACGUGCCUCUGUGUCUGCGUGGGUCAGAAGAGUUGUGCACGCAGACUAGCAGGCCAAGGUCUGAGCCACAGCAGCAUUUUUAUUUCAGAUUUUGAUAACUGUUUAUAUGUGUUGAAAACCAAAAUGACAUCUUUUUAAAGCUUAUCCAUAAAAAAAACAUAGAUGUCUUUUAUAGUGGAAAAACACAUGGGGAAAAAAAUCAUCUAUUUUGAUGCAGCAUUUGAUAAUGAUAAAACACCUCACACCUCACUCUUUAUAGUGCACAAAAUGAAUGAGGUCUGGGCUAGGUAGAAAAAAGGUCAAUGCUAUUUUUGUUUUUAGAAUCAUUACCUUUUACCAGCUUUUAACCAUCUGAUAUCUAUUGUAGACACACUAUCAUAGUUAACAUAGUUAAGUUCAGCACUUGUCUCAUUUUAAUGUAAAGAUUUGCUUCCAUUUUCCUACAGGCAGUCUCUCUCUUCCUCACAGUCCCACUGUGCAGGUGCUAUUGGUACUCUUACGAAUAUUUUCAGUAAUGUUAUUUUCUUCUAAGUGAAAUUUCUAGCCUGCACUUUGAUGUCAUGUGUUCCCUUUGUCUUUCAAACUCCAAGGUUCCCCUGUGGCCCUCUCUCUUACCCUGGGAAGGCCUCUUGGAGACCUUACGCCUGGCUGUUUGGACUUUGUAUACUUUAAAUAAUUUAACUACCCUUAAUUACUUAAAAAAAAAAAAAAAGCUUUAUGAUUUUCAUAACUUAUUGCUGAUUUUAAUGGAUUGUUAAUUUCAGUCCUGUAGUUUUAUUUUAUGUUUAGAUAGGGCUGGGCAAGGAAAAAGAAAAUAAAGACAACCAUAUUUAGCAGUGCAGUUGAGUUGUGUGUUAAUGUUAGACUAUCCCUUUGUAAGUGGCACUUUAACAGCAUUCACUGCUUCUAUGUAUAGUGUACCAUCUUGGUCAUAUGUUACGCCUCAACAUAUACUUGUUCUUGUGCUCUUCAUGUGCCUCUGGAAGUUUUUCCUUGAUUGUGCUAUGUUUGAGUGGAAGAAAUUCUUUGAAGUAGAUGUGAGUGAAAAACUGCAUGCCUUUAGAAGCCCAGUAUCAGAAUUUGCUACGUUUCAGGUGCUAGGGACUUAAUGAAAAACAUGACAAAACAAUUCAUUUUUGUGGCCCAGGUAAAUUAUUUCUGCUUUCACUUAUAAUUACUACUGGCUGAGUGAAGAUGUUGCCUCUAUAUUUGCUUACUCUUGACCAAGUGUGAGACAGUUUGAAGAGUGUGCUACCAUGGAAAUUGAAUGAAGCCAGUGACUAAGCUUCUGUUUUAUUAUUCUCAUGGCCUUCGCUUGCAUUAUUUGCCCUAGGGCAUUAUUUGGGCCUUCAUUCAGAAGAACUUGAGGUGCUGCCAUUUCGUUGUAUAUGUACAGGAUUAUGGGCUGGAAAGCAUUUGUUAUAAACCUAUAGUGCACACUUUAACUGCCCCCUAAAUUAUUCCUUCCCUGGGUUUGUUUUCUUUGGGGUGGUGUAGAUUGUAUGACGAGUAAGAAGUAUUAAUUUUUUAAAAGACAAAUCAACUUUGAAGACACAAAAGUUAAUUGGAAGAAAUAAAAACUGUGAACGAAGAA